GAAUUUCAGUUAGGUCACAGCUCACAACUCACAAGUCACAAGCGUCAAGCAGAAUACCCGUGCUCAUCUUUUCGAGCAAAAUUAGGGAUUGAGGCUUCCACCCCGCAUUCCCCGUUCCCAUGAACGAUCCCAAGCCGCGGCCGCCGACGGCGGCGGAGGUGGUGGGGCGGCUCAAGGACGACGGCGACUUCGACGCCCUCCGCCGCGCUAUCGUUCGGAAGGUCAAGGACAACGAGGCGCUACGCAACAAAAUCAUCUCAGAGGUAAAACAGUCAGUGAUACUACAAGAAGAUGGAUCUGAGAAGUUAAAGUUAAAAGAACUUUCUGAUGCAAUUUAUAAAGAUAUUGGGAGCAAAAUAAUGGGUCAGAUAUCGGAUGAGGUAUGGAAUGUCAUCCAGUCCAAUGAAACUGAUAUACGGGGAACCGUAGAAGCUGUCUACAAUAGGAUACUGAACCCUGAAAAGGCCCCUGAGCCUUCUUCCAAGAAACUGAAGAGGAAGGGCAAAGAGCAACAGGUUUUGCCAAAAACACAAACUACUGUUGCAGUCGAGGCGGAGGAUGAUGAUCCGUUGGAACCACCAGGUUUUGGCAGAUAUAAUCAGCACAAUAACAUCGCAGCAGCAGCAGCAGCAGCAGCAGCAGAGCAGACACAGCAGCCGAAACCAAAUUUGGAAAAUCAUAAUGAAGCCAAGUUAAAUGGAGGUGAGCCAGCUGCUGCGAGUGACCCAGCGGGUGAUGAUGAUGAUCCUAUGGUGCCCCCUGGAUUCGAAGCUAAUGCAUCUUGCAAGCUUAAAUGACAGUGCGGUUGUUUCUUAGUCAGCAUGUACAAGGGAGAUGCCUUUUAAUUUCUGCUGACAGGACGAGAGAUGCUUUAGCUCAUGUAUGCGGCAUUGCGGCUCGAGAGGUGAGCAGUUCAAAUGAAUCUUGAGUCCUGAAACGUGUGUUGUGGUGGUGGAUAUGUUGGUGGUUGACAAAGUUUUCCUUGUGCGCGUGGUUUCAAAGUGUCGUUUCGCGCGCUGCUUUCUUAGAGUUAUGUAAUGAUAGGAUAGUUGCUUGCUUCCUGUAACUAUUGGAAAGCGGAGAACCCAUACCAUUGAGGCCCAUGGGCUAAUUUCGGGCAACGCUGAACAAACUGUAUAUAUUUCUUCAAAAUUCCCAUCGAAUACAUGCGAAUUCAUCUAGUUU